AUGUACGCGGAUUUUGAGACCAGAAUUAAAUCAAGAGAACAUACCAAGGAGGCUCAUUUGUGGAAGAGUGGAUUGUAUGAUACCAUUCCAAUGGAUCCGGAAAGUAAUGAUUGUUUUGAUUUGAAAAAGAGUGAGAGUCAUCACCAGGCUUUUUUAAUUUCGGGACAACGAAUUAUUGGCACAGGAUCGACUUCUUUAACGAAAACUCCCAAAGUAUAUUUUAAACCAACCCGAAUGCAUUUUGAACUGUUUGAUAUGAUCAAGUGUGAUUCUGAUGAGAGAAUUAAAAAGAUUUGCGCAAAUAAUAUCAGAUUUGUGAUACUGACAUCAAAGAAUAGAGUUUUUUUGAAUCAAAAGAAGCAUUUAAGCUUGGAAGAGGCACUGAAGAUACAAAUUGAUGGAAUAGAGUAUAUCAGUAACUUUAAAUGUAUUGAUGAUUUGUUCAAAAAGUCCUCAGAAUAUGUGGAAGAUAUUGAAAUUACUUUAAAAUAUGCGUAUUUUCUAACUAACAGCGGAAAGUUAUAUACUUUAGAACUCGACCCACUAACAUUUGAACUUGAGUUAAUUUUUAAUGGAGGCAUUCGAUACAUUAAAUCAACGAAAAGAAUUACCUAUGCUAUUGGAUAUAAUAACACCAUACAUCGCAUCGAUGGAGAAGCGUCAGAGGACAUUUCACAAUUAUUUUCUGAUAAGCUGGGAGAAAAUGAAUAUGUGAAAUACAUUGCUUGUUGUGCCAACCAUUGCUUUUUUGUCAGCAACCUCAACAGAGUUUUGGAAUGGGUGACAAUCGACAAGUUAGGAGGCGGUCUUCCAUUUUCGAAAAAUAGAGCCUUAACUGAGAUUACUCUUCCAUUCGAAAAUCGUUUGUUCAAGCAAAUAGUAACUGGUAAUGAACAUACCUUAACACUUUCAACAACAGGAGAAGUUUAUGGAUGCGGAGAAGAUAAAAUGGUGGGCACGAAAAAGAAUGUAGUUCUUGCAAAUCAAUGGAAGAAACUAAAAGACAAUAUUUCUCAAAUUUAUGCGGAUGUUUAUUCAUCAUAUAUGAUAUCCAAGAGAAGUAAUUAUUUUGUAUGUGGAAGUAACGUUAUGGGAAGCCUUGGACUGUCAUCUGAUGUUCAAGAGGUUGGUGCAUGGAGACGAAUGACGCUAAGAACUAACAAAAUUAUUCCUUGGCUGAAAUAUGGGUUGCGUUGUGCUUCCUCGACUGUAUUAUUUUGUCUCGAGUCUCAAUUUCCAAAUACUGAAAGUUUAAGCAUGUUACUUGCAAAUUUACAAAGAAGAAUUUCCGAUGGUAGACUUUCUGACUGCAUUGUCAGGACAAACCGCUCGCCAGAGAAAAGCGGCUAUGUCAACCAAGAUUCAAGUAAUGGAGGAAAAGAUGAACAACCAUUGAAAAAAUCCAAAACCAGUAGAUAA